UUUGGGCUCAGCCGAAGGGCUUCUCUGGGCCACGGCAGGCGGAACUGCCACCAGGCCAUGGCACAAGGAAGCUUUCCAUUACUUGAUCCUCGGCCUCCUCUGGGUGAAGUAUGCAGGACGCCUCUAAUUGCUGAGCGACAUGACGCAGAGCUUCGUUUCGCAAGCAACUCAUCAGCUGCAGCUAAGCAGGCGAUUGCGGCGGAAGGCCAUCUGAACAAGAUCGAGAUUGAGUCAGCGCAGACUGCAGCUGAAUCGGCACUCCAGGCAUUUCGAAGCUCAGGCGAUGCGGUGGGAUGUGCAGAAUGCACCCGCUUGAUCGCGAAGACUCAACAGUUGAAGGCCUACUUCAUGGACGAUGAGGAGUCACGCUCACUCAAGCCAGCAGAGAUGCUCUCACAGGAGCUCCAGAAUGCCAAGACUUCAGGUGAUCAAGUGGCUCAGGCGAUUCUCCAGCUCGGCCUCUGUGAGAUGCUCUCGUUCGGCACCGCGGCCACAGGCUGGUCCCCCGGCCGCUCGGUGCGCGACAAGGCUCAGGAGGCUGGCAAUGAGGCAUUGCAGCUUUUCCAAUCGAAGGGCGAAAGCCGGAUGCACGCGUUUGGGGCGCCCAUCAGUCACGGCGUCCACGCCACUCUCGUGGCGCGCGGCAGAAGGCUGACGAAGUUGGAGAUCGCCUUGCUGCUGUGUCAAGGUGCAUCGCCCAAGACUGCCUUCCAGGCGGCCAGUGAGGCCUUGGACUUGCUUGAGCGGUUGGGAGACAAGCAGGGUAUGGGCAGAGCGCUGCACGCCAUUGCCAUCUCCCACGUCAUGGCGAAGGACUACGAGGCGGCCACGAAGAAGGGAUUGGAAGCACUGGAGCUCAUCCGUAGCUCGGGCGACAAGAGGGCGGAGGCGGUGCUCCUGGAGACACUGGUGUCCUGGAGCAUCACGCAGGAGAAGCCCCACAAGGCCUUGGUGAUGGCGAAAGAGGCUCUGGCCCUGCGUCUGGAGCUGCAAGCACCGCCACUGGAAGAGGCACGUGCGUGCCUCUUGCUGGUGGAUGCGCUCGCGGGGGUCAAGAAGGUGAGGAGAGGCCUCAAAGCUGCCGAGGAGUGCUUAGAUCGACUGAAGAAGGUAGAUGAUCGUGCCAAUGUCUAUGGGUUGGUCGUGGUUGCGAUGGCGCAGCUGAAGCGGGACCAUCCGGAGUUGGCAUUGACGGCCACGGAUGAGGCGAUCGACAUUGCCCGCGAGAUGGGCGAUAAGCGCCUGGAAAUGAACCUGCAGUACACGCAAGCGGAGGUGAACGUCCAGCUGCAGAGCCGCUCCGAUGCCAUGGAGGCCGCCGAGGAUGCCGCCGCCAUCGCUGAGGAAUUGCAGGAUGCCAAGGCAGAAGGGGACGCAGAGUGCCUGAUGUUCUCUUUGCUGGUUCGUGGCACCCUGGACCGCCCCUCCUUGGUGAAGGCACUCAACGCAGCGAAGAAAGCUCGUGGCCUCUACCAAAAGGCUCAGAACAGGACAGGCGAAGCCAAAGCACUGAUCCACAAAGCGUCGAUUCUGGGCGUGGACUCGGCCACCAGCAGUGCCGAGGAGAUGCUGCAGGUGGCCGCCGAGGCGCACGACAUCUUCGAGGAGGAAGAGUGCAUCAUGGGUCAGUCGGCGGCUUUGCAGAUGGUGGCCGAGGCCCAGCUGGCGAAGGAGAACUUUGACGAGGCUUCCUCGGCCGCCAAGGACCGGCGAGCUGUUUGGAAGGGGCUUGGGUGCCGCAAGGAAGAGGGCGAUGCGGUGCUACAGCUGGCUCGAAUUCACCUGGGCAGUACAGACUACGAUGCUGCAGAGAAGCAUGGCUUAGAGGCGCAGAAGAUCUUCCAAGAGGUCGGCGACAAGGCCGCCGAAUCUGUGGCCUGCGUCCACCUCGCUCAGGCUUGUCUGAAGAAGAUGAGCAAUGAGGCUGAGGGAGAGACCAAAGAGGCACUGGCUUCCUUUUCCUACCGGACCUCAGCGGAGCGAGCCAUGCGAGCCGUGAACGAUGCCAUCACCGCCUGUCGCCACCUGGGCAGCAAGCAGCUCCGUGCUGGCGCCUUGUUUUGGCGCGCGCAGGUCUUGGGUUUCCGAGGGCGCUUGGAGGAAGCGCUCAGAGUGGUGUGCGAUGCGGAGAAGUGCUUCGAGAGCAUCGCAUCGGGUAGUGCGAUGGUCCAAUGCAAGGUCUUGGCGGCCGAUUGCCUCGCAGGCUUGAAGCACUACGACGAGGCCAAGGAGGUUGCUGACCAGGCCAUCAAGCAAGCCAGUGGCCUGCACGACCGUCAGGCUGAAAGUCAAGCCAAAGGCUGCCUCGAGCGGAUCGAGAAAGCUGAGAAGAAGAGCAAGGAGGUGGUGGCUCCCCCCGUGCAAGCGGCCAUUGCCACCGAAGCGCCCACCGGCGCUGCGCCGGCCGCCGCGCCCGCGGCCUCGGCGGCGGCCGAGGCGCCCAAGGGCCUGGAUGCGGCGCUGGCCACGAAGCGGCUGAUGAACAUCGUGAAAGACGUCAUCGCGGCCGACGAUGAGAUCAGCGCUGAUAGCCCUCUCAUGGAAGCGGGCAUGGACAGUCUGUCUUCCGUGCAGCUGGUCACAGAGGUGUCCAAGGAGUUCCAGAUGAGCUUGUCGCCUUCCUUGGUCUUCGACUUCCCCAAUGUUUCGUCCAUCGUCAACCACUUGGUCGAAGAAAGUCAGGGCUGAUUGGACAACAGCGCCGAGGAACCAAUUGUGCAGAAAGGUGCAGAGAAGGCUGUUGGAGACCGGGUGGACGUUCGCGCGUCUUCCAAAGAGCUGUGAAGAGCUGGUCCAUGGUGGGCAGAGGGGGUCUUUGCAUCGAAUACACCCAAACCACUCUGUUUGGGCCGGUCUUUGAAUUGGGUCUCAACGUGUCUCAACAUCUGCCAGACAUAAAGGCGCCCAAAGUUUUUGCAGCCUAACAGAUACCACUUGCAGAUCUUCCGGACUUUGGAAUCGAGAAACAUCUUUGACUUGGUGUCCAGAGAAACAUCUAUGCGUUUCUGUGAACGUGUUUGCAUUCGCUAGAAAAAAAGGCAACACCCGGGGUUCUUGAAGCCAUCUUCCCGAGCGUCCUCCGGGUGAGGAUCUGGAGCUCGCUCGGGCGAGUCGGCCCUGUUCUUCUUUUUGCCUUUUGACGAGGACGAAAGUGAUGAAUCACAUCUUCCUAUUCAGACUCGUGCGACUCGUAGGGAAUGAGGGAAUGAACCACCCCUGUAGACCCCUCAGGAUCCAGCCACCCAUAUUCCCAUAUUCCUCACGCACCAGUUGCCGUCUUGUAAGUGGCGAAUCGCCGUGUUGGCGUUCCAAGCACCUACUGGAUUGAUCGUUCCAAGCACCGAUAGCUCCCGACAACGAUGGACGCGAUGGACGCAAAAGGACGCAAAAGGACGCGAGAAGCAGAUCCGGCCGGGCAACCUCUGAAUGUUGGCUUCAG